GUGCAAGGCUGCCUUGCCUGCCCGCCUGUCUUUGAAGGACAAACAAUCAUGGAAAAUCUGCUUGACUGAGUAUUAAAGGGACCUCUUAUGUGCCCUCCUCCAGAGAUGUUCCCUUGAAUCAUGUCCUCCCCCGGCCACUUGCUGUUCGCACCAAGUACAAUCCUCAUCAGAUUUUGCCAUUCAUAGACAAACUAUGCCUGCUCCGCCCUGUGCAGUUCCUCAUCCUCAGGCUAUAUUUUCUCUCUUACCUUUAAACGAAAAUGCGCACGCUGUCAUUCAGAAUCCAUCCAACUAUCAUCUUCUUUCCAGUCAUGUUGACAGUAUGCAUAGGCAGCACCAUAUGCUAAAUGUUGGCUUCCAGAUUGGCUCAGCUGCACGAUAUACGUUGGCCACUCUAGGGCGCAAUGGCGACAUCGUCGUGGAUGGGCCAAGUAUCUCCCGAAUUCAAUGCUCAUUUGAAAUUCUCCCGGAGUAUGAUGUCGUGAUGCUUUACGAUGAGUCAACAUCUCAAGCCACCCAGGUUUUUGGUGACGAAGCUACGCCGUUCAGGCCUGGAUGCAAGCGUAAGGUCGUCGUUGGCGAACGGUUCAACAAGAUCAUCGGCAUGGGUGGUAUCGGCUGCGAUCAAGUUCAAUUCGAAAUGGUAUGGCAUCGGGCUAAUUUCAAAGGGGAAGAAGAAGCGAAGAAUCGAAUAGAAAGCGCUCUACAGGCUCGAACUAUGGACAACGUACCUACAGUUGUACCCUCGGAAAUCCCUACCCCAAACCAAUGGCCUACCAUACAACAACCGACAAUUCGGUAUAAAGUAUUGUCUGUUAUUGGUCAGGGAAGUUUUGGCGUAGUUUAUAAGGCUGUCAAUGUCGACUCGGGAAGAACUAUGGCAGCCAAAACCAUUCCGCAACCUCAAGGUGGAUUCCAAUCCCAGCAAAAAGAUCGAUUGGAGCGAGAGAUUAUGGCACUCUCUAGGAGUUCUCAUCGAAACAUCGUUGAAUAUAUCCACUGGUAUUCCUCCUCGCACGAACUGUGGAUAUUCACCGCCUUGAAAGCAGGAGGAGUGGAUAAUUUAAUUGAUCAAAAAUACUUUGAUCAAAAUCCCGGUGGAGUUAAUGAGCUUCUUGGUCAGAUGCUCCAGGCCCUUGACUAUCUCGCCUACAACAGAGUUAUCCAUCGCGAUGUUAAACCAGCCAACAUCCUUUACACACCACUUGAAUCUGCUCAGUCUCACUUUCUAUAUCAACUCACGGAUUUUGGACUAUGCAAUUCCACUGAUGCCGCCAGAUCAUGGACUAUGCAAUUCCACUGA